AUAUAUAUAUAGUGUACUAUGCCUCGCCCAAUCCAAAGCGAAGCAGCAACCAGCAAAGUGAUCAGUGUGAUCGAUCACACACUGCCAUGGCCGUCAUGGGCAAGGAGGAGGAGGAGCAGCAGCAGCAGCACAAGGAGGAGGAGGUGGUCCAAGGAGAUGUGCGAGUCGUCGUCCAGCAGGAGACGGCGGCGGACGAGGAGGCCGAGUCGGCGCUGGUGCGCAAGAUCUCCGGCCUGGCCGCCGCCAUCGCCAGGCUGCCGUCGCUGAGCCCGUCGCCGGAGGUGAACGCGCUCUUCACCGACCUCGUCACGGCCUGCAUCCCGCGCAGCACCGUGGACGUGGAGCGCCUGGGCCCGGAGCUGCAGCGCAUGCGCGCGGGCCUCAUCCGCCUCUGCGCCGACGCCGAGGCGCUGCUGGAGGCGCACUACUCCGACCUGCUGGCCGCCUUCGACAACCCGCUGGACCACCUGCCGCUCUUCCCCUACUUCACCAACUACCUCCUGCUGAGCCAGCUGGAGCACGGCCUGCUGGCGCGCCACGUCCCGGGCCCGCCCCCCUCCCGCGUCGCCUUCGUCGGCUCCGGCCCGCUCCCGCUCAGCUCCCUCGUGCUCGCCUCGCGCCACCUCCCCGCCGCCGCCUUCGACAACUACGACAUCUGCGGGGACGCCAACGACCGCGCGCGCCGCCUCGUGCGCGCCGACGCCGCGCUCGCCGCGCGCAUGGCGUUCCGCACCUCCGACGUCGCCCACGUCACCCGGGAACUGGCCGCCUACGACGUCGUCUUCCUGGCGGCGCUCGUGGGCAUGGCCGCCGAGGAGAAGGCGCGCGUCGUCGAGCACCUCGGCAGGCACAUGGCGCCCGGCGCCGCGCUGGUGGUGCGGAGCGCGCACGGCGCGCGCGGCUUCCUGUACCCCGUGGUUGACCCCGAGGAGAUCCGCCGCGGCGGCUUCGACGUGCUCGCCGUGCACCACCCGGAGGGGGAGGUGAUCAACUCCGUCAUCAUCGCCCGCAAGCCCCUCCCGGUCGUCGACGAGCACGCCGUCGCCGGGGUGGGGCACGCGCACGCGCACGGCGCCGUGCUCAGCCGGCCCUGCCUCUGCUGCGAGAUGGAGGCCCGGGCUCACCAGAAGAUGGAGGAGGUGGCCAUGGAGCAGCUGCCGUCCUAGGCACAAGAUGGAUUGCCCCGGCCGGCAGCCCAUGCAAUCGCAUUGCAUCUAUCUCAUCGAUCUACUUACGUGUCUACACCACAUGCGUGAUAAUAAUCUGCAGAUUGACCUGGCUACUAGCUGGUAUAUUGUCACCGUGAUUGUAUUAAGUUUUUGUUUAACAAAAGGGUAGAAGUCGAAGUCCGAGCCGGCGAAAGAAAAAAUACUGGAGAAAAAAAAAGAGUGCACGAAGGAGACGGAGGCGAGCGAACAGGCUGGCCUAAUUUCAUUUGUAUGCUAAUGUUACGUGUGUCAAUGAUGAUGGAGUGGUUAAAUUAUUAGUAAUUCUCGAUGCCUAA